AAAGACACGUACGCUCCUCUCGAACCACAUCUCCUCCCUUCAAAAAUCCCCCCCCUGCAACGCUCUGUCUCCUCCAAACAACCUCCGGAGCUCCUUUCUUCAGCGACUGAUGGAAGCAUCAUCCGCUUGCCUCGUCGGCAAUGGCUUAUCCAGCCACGCGACAAAACAAAGGUUAUGCAAGGAUUUUACUGGCAGAAAGCUUACCCUUUCCUCUACCUAUCCUUCAACUAUCAGGACAUCUAAGGUUAGUGUUGUGAAGGCUUCUUCGGAUGUGAAGAAACACCAAGAAAGGAGGGGUUUUCUUAAAAUCUUGCUUGGAAAUGCGGGAAUCAGUUUGAUGGGCAGUGGAAAAGCGUAUGCAGAUGAACAAGGAGUUUCAUCGUCUAGGAUGUCCUAUUCUAGGUUCCUUGAGUAUCUGGACAAGGGCAGGGUGACCAAAGUAGAUCUGUUCGAGAACGGGACAAUAGCAAUUGUGGAGGCUGUCUCUCCCGAGCUGGGUAACCGGAUUCAACGUGUUCGUGUUCAACUGCCAGGAUUGAGUCAAGAGCUUCUCCAGAAGUUGAGGGAGAAGAAUAUCGAUUUCGCAGCUCAUAAUGCUCAAGAAGACUCUGGUUCACUGUUAUUCAACUUGAUUGGAAAUCUUGCCUUCCCACUGAUUUUGAUCGGUGGUCUGUUCCUUCUCUCGAGAAGAUCCUCUGGAGGAAUGGGUGGUCCUGGUGGCCCGGGCUUCCCUCUCGGUGUUGGUCAGUCCCGAGCUAAGUUCCAGAUGGAACCCAACACUGGUGUAACAUUCGAUGAUGUUGCCGGAGUUGAUGAAGCCAAGCAAGACUUCAUGGAAGUAGUCGAGUUUCUGAAGAAGCCUGAGAGAUUCACUGCGGUCGGCGCCAGGAUUCCUAAAGGUGUUCUCCUUGUCGGUCCUCCUGGUACCGGAAAGACGCUUCUGGCAAAAGCAAUUGCCGGUGAAGCUGGUGUCCCUUUUUUCUCCAUCUCGGGUUCCGAGUUUGUGGAGAUGUUUGUCGGUGUUGGUGCCUCGAGGGUCCGUGAUCUCUUCAAGAAAGCCAAGGAAAAUGCUCCAUGCAUCGUCUUUGUGGAUGAAAUAGACGCUGUCGGUAGGCAAAGAGGAACUGGUAUCGGUGGAGGUAAUGACGAAAGAGAACAGACCCUUAACCAGCUCCUGACCGAGAUGGACGGUUUCGAGGGUAAUACCGGUAUCAUCGUGAUUGCAGCUACAAACAGAGCAGACAUUUUGGAUUCAGCUUUGCUCAGGCCAGGACGAUUUGACCGGCAAGUGACUGUCGAUGUUCCAGACAUCAAGGGUAGAACCGAGAUACUUAAGGUUCACGCUAGCAACAAGAAAUUUGACAACGAUGUCUCACUUGAUGUGAUCGCCAUGAGAACCCCUGGAUUCAGUGGAGCUGAUCUUGCAAACUUGUUGAAUGAGGCUGCCAUAUUGGCUGGCCGACGUGGCAAGACUGCAAUCUCAUCAAAAGAGAUUGAUGACUCGAUCGAUAGAAUCGUAGCGGGAAUGGAGGGGACGGUCAUGACAGAUGGGAAGAGCAAGAGCUUGGUGGCAUACCACGAGGUUGGCCACGCGAUCUGUGGAACACUGACUCCAGGGCAUGACGCCGUGCAAAAGGUGACGCUGAUACCACGAGGGCAAGCGAGAGGUCUGACAUGGUUCAUUCCCUCGGAUGAUCCUACCCUCAUCUCUAAACAACAACUCUUUGCUAGAAUCGUGGGUGGACUCGGCGGAAGAGCCGCCGAAGAAAUCAUCUUUGGCGAGCCCGAGGUGACCACUGGUGCAGUCGGCGACUUGCAACAGAUCACUGGCUUGGCUAAACAGAUGGUGGUAACAUUUGGAAUGUCGGAAAUCGGGCCAUGGUCAUUGAUGGAUUCAUCUGCUCAAAGCGGCGAUGUGAUAAUGAGGAUGAUGGCGAGGAACUCAAUGUCUGAAAAGCUUGCGGAAGACAUUGAUGCGGCUGUGAAGAGACUAUCAGACAGCGCUUACGAGGUAGCGUUGAGUCACAUAAGGAACAACCGAGAAGCCAUGGACAAGAUUGUCGAGGUCCUGCUCGAGAAAGAGACUAUGUCCGGUGACGAAUUCCGAGCAAUCCUCUCUGAAUUCGUUGAAAUACCUGUGGAGAAUCGGGUUCCUCCCCCAAAGCCAACCCCAGUUUCCGUCUAAGCAGUAAGAAGAAGAAGAAGAAAAAACAUUACUGAGGGACAUGGAAGUGUUCUUCAAUCUGCUGAAUGUGGUAGCAUAUACUUCAGACCUUGUAUUUUGUUGUGUAAAUUUGUGCGUCAAAGACAGAGCUCUAGAAGUGAGAAACGUUAUCUAUAACCUGUACAAAGGAUUUUUAUAAACUGCCUAAUCCAGAUUAUUACAGCUCCAAAUA